AUGUUCAGAGUGCGGGAAAUGCUUCGCUGUCAAAAUAACGCUCAUUAAUCACCAAAGGAUUCACACAGAUGGACUCUUGGAAGUUAAAUACGUCAGAGAGUUAUCUUAUUAUAUCUUCAGAUUGGACUGCAGAAGACAGAGACGUUGCCCAAUAUUCUCCAAAAGUAAUACUUUACUAGUUGGCAAAAUCAAUGAAUCCUUCUAAUCCCGAGGAAUCUUCUGAUAAACCGCAUACUAUGACUUCAUAUGUCCAUCUAAGAUCAAUAGAUCCUUCUAAUCCUGAGGAACCUUCUGAUAAACCCCAUACUAUGACCUCAGAUGUCCAUCUAAGAUCAAUGAAUCCUUUUAAUUCUGAGGCAUCUUCUAAUAAAUCACGUAAUAUGGCUUCAGAUGUCCAUCUAAGAUUAAUAGAUCCUUCUAAUCCUGAGGAACCUUCUGAUAAAUUCCAUACUAUGACAUCAGAUGUCCAUCUAAGAUCAAUGGGUCCUUCUAAUCCCGAGGAAUCUUUGGACAAAUCCCAUACUAUGACCUCAGACGACCAUCUAUCCCAUACUAUGACCUCAGAUUUCCAUCGAUCCCAUACUGUGACUUCAGAUUUCCAUCUAUCCCAUACUAUGACCUCAGAUUUCCAUCUAUCCCAUACUGUGACAUCAGAUGUCCGUCUAUCCCAUACUAUGACUUCAGAUGUCCAUCUACCCCCUACUAUGACAUCAGAUGUCCUUCCAAGUUCUCACAAUGAAGAAGUUUAUCCAUGUUCAGAGUGUGGGAAACAUUUUACUAGGAAUUCUUACCUGCUUAGACACCAGAAAAUUCAUAUUGGUUUUCUUCCAUUUUCCUGUCCAGAGUGCGGGAAAAGUUUUGCUACCAAGGCUUACCUGGUUAGACACCAGAAAAUUCACACUGGUGUUUUUCCGUUUUCCUGUUCCGAGUGUGGGAAAAGUUUCGCAAAGAAGAUUUACCUGGUUAGUCACGAGAGAACGCACACGGGCGAGCGUCCCUAUUCAUGUUCAGAGUGCGGGAGAUGUUUCACUAGCAAAGCAUACCUUGUUGGGCAUCAGAAAACUCACACGGGUGAGCGUCCUCAUUCGUGUUCAGAGUGCGGGAAGUUUUUCACCCUGAAAGUAGACCUUGUUAAACAUCAGAGAGUUCACACGGGCGAGCGUCCCUUUUCCUGUUCAGAGUGCGGAAAAAGUUUUUCUGACAGGGCAAACUUUCUUAGACACCAGAGAAUUCACAAGGGCGAGCGUCCGUAUUCGUGCUCCGAGUGCUGGAAAUCCUUCUUUGAUAGAUCUUCGCUUAUUAAUCAUCUGAAAGUACACACCGCACAGCCUGCUCAGUGCCUUCAGAUUGCGGAAGAUGUUUUACAGAUAGACGAAGACUAAGUAGACAUCGGAGAGAAGGCCCUGGACAAUUCUUUCAAUAAAUGUACAGUGACUUUUAACAAGUGGAACUGUUAAAUCCGUAGAAAUACUGGAGGAUGAAAAAAAACAAUUUGUAAGCUCUUGGGUCCACCUAACCCUCUUGUAUUGAAUUGUAUUGUAAAGUGUUGGGGAAACUGUUCACCCCAUACAAAUCCUGUAUAAUAAUAAAUGAUAAAGCGAUACAUUCUGGAAAAAGUGGU